UCCUUAGUUGUUACUUUUCUAGAAAUCUAAAGGCACAACCUAGAUUCUAGCCAGUGUUAGUUGAACAUGUUAAUACUCCAAUCUCAUUUUCGUCAAAAAUAACUUUAAAUCGACAGAGUGCCUUUGAUUUUACGGCCUUUACAUGCACAGUUCGGCGCGAGACGACCGUUAGACCCGAUAACGUAUUGUGGGCACGAGUUUAGAUAACCAACAUCGCCUAUAAACGUGGUCGGGGAUUUAUAUCGGAGAAGCAGUUUCUACCUAUCUUCACACUAUGCUCUCUUCGUGUGAACCUUUCCGGUAGAUAAAAAAAUAAACUAGACGGAACAAGAACGAAUGGGAGACGACAGACAAUCACAAACAGGAACUGUUUUUUUCUCUCGAAAUUUUGAGUAGGCCCAAGAUUAUUUUCACGAGCUGUAUAACGAGUAAUGUUUGUGUAGCUACACAACACAUUUCAGUUUGUGAAGAUGAGACUUCGGUCUCGAAGUAUUGCUGACCCUUCAUCAGCACGGUUUAACGGUCGGUGGAACUCAAAGAGAAAGGCGCGGAACGUAACUCAAAAGGAUGAAGAGGUACAACAGCCAGACGACCAGUCACUCUACUCUGAUGAUAUCCCCACCGCUACAAAGCGCCCUCUUGUACAAGGGCGUGGGAGGAAAAGGGUGGCAGCCCUAGACUAUGAAGACAGAGAAGAUCUGGGCUUCAAGACCCCUGUUAAUGUGCGCCAUCACCGGGUGCUGUCGGAGCUAAACCCCUCCUUUCCCCUCAAUUCCACUGUGCGAAAUAUCUACUCCCCUGUUGUCCAUUUCCUCACUCCUACCAAGGAAAAUGUGAGAACCCCCAGCAGUGGUGAUGUGAUGAGCCCAGAGCAGUGUGUGUUUGGCUAUGGUUCCAUUAGCCUUCUCGCUGGAGAUGAGGACCGCAAUGACACUUUCAGCCCCUUCUCUUUCAUCAAGAACAUUCCAUCCAAGUGCCAGCAAUCCAAACCCUGCAUAAGAGACAUCCCACCUAAGACAAGGAGUACUCCCCAAGCCACGCUAGUUUUAGAUCUGGAUGAAACGCUCAUGUACAGCUCUCUGAAUGUGAUUGAGGAUGCAGAGUACACCUUCCGCACAUGCUUCCAGGACAAUCCGUACAAGGUCUACGUGAUUCUACGACCAUAUGUGAAAGAAUUUCUGGAAGCCAUGACAAAACAUUUUGAGAUGUUUGUUUAUACAUCUGCGAAGAAAGAAUAUGCAGAGAAAAUACUGGACAUCUUGGACCCGAAGAGAAGGCUUUUUCGACACCGUUUGUAUCAACAGGACUGUACCUGUGUUCUGGGGCACUAUGUCAAGGACUUGGGUGUACUUGAGAGGGACCUUGCUAAGACAGUGGUUUUGGACAACGCUCCACACACGUACCCCUACCAUCUGAUGAAUGUGCUUCCCAUCAAGAGCUGGUCUGGAAAUGAUGAUGACAAAGAACUUCAGAAGCUCAUCCCGUGUCUUGAGAGACUGUCAGGAGCAGAUAAUCCAUCUACCGGACAGGAUGAUUUCCGGGAAGUACUAGAGAGGAGGACGGACCACUUUCACAGAUUGCUCUCUGAGGAUUGAGAACCAAACAGGAUGGAUCAUCCUUAUCCUGUAAUAUGUUUAAUUGUGAACAUGAACUGGAUCUUUGUGUACUAUCCUAGCCCUUCUGUAUGAUCCCUGAAUGACCAGUCGGUUACUGAUGUAGUGUGUUAAUUUCAAACAUGUACAGUUGGGAUAUGUUUCCACACAAUAUCACUCUGCAGAGCAAAACAUUCCUAAUUGUUAAAAAAAGAACACAACUUGAAAUAGCAACUUAAAAUGUGUAUACUUAAUCAUGCCAAUUUAUUGACAGAAAAUAGCUUUUUUUAAAGUGAUCUACAUAUUGUUUGAUUAUUUUAGUGACAGUAUGUAUCACCUCAACAAAAGCCAGAGCAAUUUCUGUAACUAACAAACAACUUUAACCAUAAUGUUUUUUUUUUUCAGAUUUUAUUUGAGAAAUGUCAUGAUUUAGUCUUCUGUUUGGAUAAUUCUGGGAAUUUUUACGCGCAUAUCGUCUCCCUUUAUGCGUGCCUUUUUAGUAGGCCUACACUGCAGAAAUGUCACGAAUGUGUAGCCUACUCCCAACCUAUGACGUUCAUGGUUAGCAUAUUUUGUCGUUUUUUGUACUAAUCUGUGAAAUGUAUAUUUAUAUGGAAUUCUGACAAUGUAGUGACCUGGAAGAAUMAAUUUUAAGAACUAACUUGUCAAACUUGAACAUAUCCCCAUCCCCCCUUUAAACGGACGGUCUCGCCAAAGCUACUGUGAAAUUCUACUCUGUUUCCCCCCACAUGCGGUUAGAACCCAAAGACGGCUAUUGUUGGUUUCCCUAUUCUCUUACAUUUAAGUUCCAACAUARUUCACAAAUCGGUCACUCAGGGGUUGGCACAUGGUCACCUUUCAGUCGAAACAAAGGUUUUUGGGUAGGUUAAUUUCAGAAUGCCUUGGGAGGAACGGUGUGCAUUACAGAAUGUUUUUAUUUGAUUGACCACCUGCUGGUGACUURCUAUUAAGAUUGAAGUAAGAUUUGUUUUCGAUCUGGACACAACAGAGCCCCAACCCCCUGGUGUAUAGUCUACGCUUUUGAUUUAUUUGCGCCAUAUGGUCUGUGUGACAUGGUACGGAGAAAAGUGUAUGGGGGGGCAUCGCGAUCCUAUGAAAGCCUAUGGUGGGCGGUGGCUGAACCUUAGUAUUUUGUUCMACUUGAAAUUUGAUUGAGAAGUUCAAUGUGCAAUAAGACAAAAGUUGGGGGAAGGGGAAAAAAACGAAGUUGGGUGGAAGAAAUGUUACAAAUACAUUUAAACAACAGUAAUUCUGCAUCCCUCGAAAGUAUGUAACUUAUUAUUAUUUUAUUUUUUUAUACGUGUGGGCGGCACAUUCGCUGUACAUUCUCUGUUGUAAAGAUAUUUGGACUGCCUGGUCAUAUGGCUCACUGUACUAUUUAUAAACUAAACAUUGAGUAGUGGUACAAUCAGACAAAUGAGGCUAUCUUGCAUAUUGCUCCUCUUGUAAUUUGAAACGGGAGAAUUAGAUUUAUGUACUAUUGAUCAAUAGACUACCACUUCAAGUAUCCUUGUCAAUAAAGAAAAUCACUAGUCUCCUAAUGA